AAACUGAUAGUAUUUGGGAAAGAAAAGGGAACGAUAUUAAAGAGGGGCACUUAAUGCGCAGUAUGUCCGUCCUCUUGUGCCAGCUUGUUGCACCGUCUCCUCUCUUUCUCUCUCUCGAAACCGUAAUAGAGAGAGCAGAAGAAGAAGAAGAAGAAGAAGAAGGAAGAUAACGAUGUCUUCGGACGACGAAGGAAGAGAGGAGUAUCUCUUCAAGAUAGUUGUCAUCGGCGACUCUGCGGUCGGUAAAUCAAAUCUUCUGUCUCGUUACGCUCGUAACGAGUUCAGUGCGAAUUCCAAGGCGACGAUCGGAGUCGAGUUUCAGACGCAGAGUAUGGCGAUUGAAGGUAAAGAGGUUAAGGCUCAGAUUUGGGACACUGCUGGUCAAGAGCGGUUUCGUGCCGUCACUUCCGCUUACUACCGUGGCGCUGUCGGUGCGCUCGUCGUCUACGACAUUACCCGCCGCACCACUUUCGAAAGCGUUGGACGUUGGCUCGAUGAACUUAAGAUACAUUCGGAUACAACGGUGGCGAGAAUGCUGGUGGGGAACAAGUGUGAUCUAGAAAACAUAAGAGCAGUGAGCGUGGACGAAGGAAAGGCCCUAGCAGAAGCCGAGGGGCUCUUCUUUGUGGAAACAUCGGCUCUUGAUUCCACCAAUGUUAAAACAGCUUUCGAAAUGGUGAUACUUGACAUCUACAAUAACGUGAGCCGUAAGCAACUCAACUCAGACACUUAUAAAGAUAAACUCACCGUGAACCGGGUAAGUCUUGUUAAGGAUGAUAACUCUGCCUCCAAACAAAGCUCUGGUUUCUCUUGUUGUUCUUCCACUUGAUAAUACCACCCAAUAUUAUCUUUUUUGUUUCUUAAUUUUAUUUCCCUUUUCUUUCUCAUUGUAACUUUAUUGUUUUUUUCCUUUGUCUCAUAGAAGAAAAAGAAGAGAAAUUCAUGAACUGUAAUUUAUUUGUCACAUUAUAAGUUUGGCAAACAUUGAAAGGAUCUAUUCA